UUGAUGUUCCUGCUUUUAAAUGCUCAUUUGAAAGUUGCCAGUUUAGUUGUCAUCAACUGCUCAAUAGCUCCAGUGCUGCAUUUCAUCCUAAUGGACUCUGCUUUCCCUUUUUUGUUGGCAUUCACCAGCUGCUGGUUUUAAGUCGAACAGACUUGGGGUGGGGGGUGGUCUUCUGAUUACCGGCAUUUAAGACGAUGCAAUCAUGUCGGUGUUUUAGAGUAUAAUGUAACCCUCUUGCACUUUCUUGGGCUCUUGUCAAAUCAGAAUGUACAUGUGAAAUCUUUCAUAAUUAAGAUGUCUAAAAUUUGCGAGUAACAUGCAGCUUUGGCAGUAACUUUUGAUGCAUGGAGGUAUCAUGGCUGACGCUAAUAACUGCUAUUGUGUUGCAACACACUACGCGCUUCUGUGAAUGCCAAGUUACCCAAAUUCCUAUCUCUUCUGUAGUCCCUGAACGCAGCAUAAGAGCCGCCCCGCUCUGCCGGAUUUGAGCCACUCGUUAGUCUAUCUUUGCCAGUGGUAGUCAUCUCUUCAAUCAAAAGGAGCCCGUGGAUCGUCCACCUGGUUCACAUCUGUACACUUUGUUUUAUGACCAGGUGCGAUGAAGCGGAAAGUAAACGAUAUUUAGGAGCAGGCUAAAUGACUGCUGUGCAACAGGCAACUGGGCUGCAAACUCACUGAAGGCUCAUCUGUUUUGGAGGAACUGUUGCACAAAAUCCCUCUGCGAUGUCUCUGCUGUGUGUCAGAGUGAAAAAAGCCAAACUACACGGGCCUCCAGACAAGUUCAACGCCUAUGUAACUUUAAAGGUGCAAAAUGUGAAGAGUACCACCAUCACUGUCCGUGGGGACCAGCCAUGUUGGGAACAAGACUUCAUGUUUGAGAUCAAUCAUCUGGAGUCAGGUCUGGUGGUGGAACUGUGGAAUAAAGGCUUGAUCUGGGACACUAUGAUCGGCACAGCACUGAUACCCCUGGACACCAUUCAACAGUCUGACGAGGAGGGACCCGGAAUCUGGACGUCUCUUGACUCUGAGGUGUUAAUGAGGGAGGAUGAGAUCUGUGGUACCACCAACCCAACUCCACACCAAGUGCUACUGGAUACUCGCUUUGAGCUGCCCUUUGAUAUCCCAGAAGACGAAGCUCAGUACUGGACCAGUAAACUGGAGCGGAUCAACACCAUGAGAAUACAUGAUGAGUAUCCACUGCAGGAGGAGGUUCACAGAAGACGGAUGGGGUCUGUGCCCUCUCAGUGCUCGUUUGAUGACCAUGAUAGUGCAAUGGAUGAUCGUGAUAGUGAUUACCGCAGUGAAACUGGCAACAGACCUCCACGGUUUCACAACACCUCCCAGACAAAUUCAUCAGUUCACCAGUACCCUAUAGGACGCAGGAUCCAACAUCAAACCCUGUCCAGGGAGUCUGACUCUGUACAAAGCUAUGAGCUAGACUAUAGAGAAAUGAGAGGGCCCAGUCCACCCGACAGCAGCCGCUUUGAUUCAUCCGGAAACCUCAGUCCAGCCAGUUCUCAGCUCAGCUCUGAGCCCGAUGAGCGCCGAGAUCCCAGCGGCCCUCGGCCCAAUCUCAAUAGCCAGCCAUCUACCUGGGAUGAACAAGAAAAGGAGGAGGAGGAGGAUGAGAAGGAGCUGCAUCCACAACCAGAGUCUGGCUCCAACAAAGACUUGAAAGACUCUUCACUCAUCCUGCCAAAACCAGUGUUGGACAACCAUAAUAACAAGACUCAGACUACAAUCAGUCUCUUUGAAGAUGGCCCACCACCCUGCUCUCCUUCGAAAGUUCGCUGGCUCAAAGCAUACAACAAAGUCAGAGUACAGCUCCUUGAGAGUCGAGAUCAAGACGCUGACCCCAGCAAGCACCCCUGGGCCAAGCCAGGGGGAAACACGCCGUUUGGCAUUGACAGCAUGCCAGACCUCCGCAAGAGGAGGCCCAUUCCGCUUGUUAGUGAACUGGCUAUGUCCAUGAUACAGUGCAGGAAAGCUGGACUUGCCCACACACUGGCCACACGGACCUCCUUGAAAGACGAAGAGCUUAAAAACCAUGUCUACAAGAAGACUUUGCAGGCUCUGAUCUACCCCAUCUCCUGCACCACACCACACAAUUUUGAGGUGUGGACAGCCACCACGCCCACCUACUGCUAUGAGUGUGAGGGUCUGCUGUGGGGUAUCGCCCGGCAGGGUAUGCGCUGUGCAGAGUGUGGUGUCAAAGUGCAUGAAAAAUGCCAGGAGCUGCUGAAUGCUGACUGCCUGCAGAGAGCUGCUGAGAAAAGUUCCAAGACUGGGGCAGAGGACCGGACCCAGCACAUCAUCAUGGCUAUGAAAGACAGGAUGAAGAUCCGUGAGAGGAACAAGCCGGAGAUUUUUGAGGAGAUCCGGAAACUCUUUAACAUCAACAAGAUGGCCCAUGUCCAACACAUGAAGAGCAUCAAGCAGAGCGUCUUGGAUGGCACUUCCAAGUGGUCAGCAAAGAUCACCAUCAACAUCGUCAGUGCUCAGGGUCUCCAGGCCAAGGACAGAACAGGCUCCAGUGACCCAUAUGUCACUAUUCAAGUUGGGAAGACCAAGAAGAGAACAAAGACCAUCUAUGGCAACCUGAACCCGGUCUGGGAGGAAAAGUUUAGCUUUGAGUGCCACAAUUCAUCAGAUCGCAUUAAGCUGCGAGUUUGGGAUGAAGACGAUGACAUCAAAUCACGAGUGAAGCAGCGUCUGAAGAGGGAGUCUGAUGACUUCUUGGGGCAGAGCAUCAUUGAGGUCCGAACUCUGAGUGGAGAGAUGGAUGUCUGGUACAACCUGGAAAAGAGAACAGACAAGUCAGCAGUGUCGGGUGCCAUUCGUCUUCAGAUUAGUGUAGAGAUCGAGGGAGAGGAGAAGGUGGCACCCUACCACGUACAGUACACGUGCCUUCAUGAGAACAUCUUUCAUUUUUCAACUGAUGUGGAGGGAGGUGGCAUGGUGAAGAUUCCAGCGGCUCAGGGAGACGAUGCAUGGAAAGUUUACUUUGAUGAGGUGCAGCAGGAAAUUGCAGACGAAUUCGCCAUGCGUUACGGCAUCGAGUCCAUAUACCAGGCCAUGACCCAUUUCUCUUGCCUGUCCUCUAAGUACAUGCUGUCAGGGGUGCCGGCAGUGAUGAGCACCCUGCUGGCCAACAUCAAUGCUUUCUACGCCCACCCCACUGCCUCCACCAACGUCUCAGCUCCUGCCAGAUUUGCAGCCUCCAACUUCGGGAGAGAUCGUUUUGUGAAGCUCUUGGAUCAGCUUCACAACUCCCUGCGUAUCGACCUCUCCAUGUACAGAAACAACUUUCCGGCCAGCAGCAAGGCUCGCCUCCAGGACCUCAAGUCAACUGUGGAUCUUCUCACCAGUAUCACCUUCUUCAGGAUGAAGGUCUUGGAGCUGCAGAGUCCUCCCAGGGCUGCCAAUGUGGUGCGUGACUGCGUCAAGGCCUGCUUGAACUCCACCUACGAGUACAUCUUCAACAACUGUCUGGAGCUCUUCAACCGCCAGUUCCAGCCCGCUGUCCAACCAUCUGAGCCAGAGAAGAAAAAGAAGAAGGAAAAAGUGGAGGGAGAGGAAGAGGAGGAGGAGGAGGAAGAGGAGGAGCAUGAUGGUGAAGAGGAGGAAGAGGAGGAGGAGAAGAAGAAAGAGGAGAGCCAGCAGGAGGAGCAGGGCCCGAGCAUCCAGAAUCUGGACUUCUGGCCUAAACUCAUCACUCUCAUCGUCUCCAUCAUUGAGGAGGACAAGAACUCCUACACACCCAUCAUUAACCAGUUUCCUCAGGAACUCACUGUGGGUAAAGUCAGCGCUGAGGUCAUGUGGACGCUGUUUGCUCAGGACAUGAAAUAUGCCCUGGAGGAACACGAGAAGCAUAAGCUCUGUAAGACUGCUGACUACAUGAACCUGCACUUCAAGGUCAAAUGGCUUUACAACGAGUAUGUUAAGGACCUAUCCGCCUUUACAGACACUGUGCCUGAGUACCCUGCGUGGUUCCUCCCAUUUGUUCUGGCCUGGCUGGCUGAGAACGAGGAGGUGUCGAUGGAGUUCAUGCAUGGGGCGCUGGAGAGAGACAAGAGAGAAGGGUUCCAGCAGACGUCUGAGCACGCUCUGUUCUCCAGCUCGGUUGUGGACAUCUUCACUCAGCUCAACCAGAGCUUUGAGAUCAUUAAGAAGCUGGACUGCCCUGACCCUACUGUGGUGGGCCAGUAUAACCGACGCUUUGCCAAGACGAUCACCAAAGUGCUGCUGCAGUAUUGUGCCCUGCUGGCCAAGAGCUUUCCCUCCUACUGUGAGAAGGAGAAGAUACCCUGCGUGCUGAUGAACAACAUCCAGCAGAUGAGGGUCCUAUUAGAAAAGAUGUUUGAAUCGAUGGGAGCAAAACAGCUGGAUACAGAGGCAGCUGACAUCCUCAAUGAGCUGCAGAUGAAGCUCAACACCGUCCUGGACAACUUCAGCGCCAUAUUUGCCAAGAGUUUCCAGACUCGUAUUAACGGCUGCAUGCGUCAGAUGGCUGAGAUCCUCUACCAGAUCAAAGGCCCACCCAAUCACAAUACUGCAGAGGCUGACGCCGACACCAUGCUGAGGCCCCUCAUGGAGUUCCUCGAUGGGAAUCUCAGUGUCUUUGCUGACAUCUGUGAGAAAACUGUGCUGAAGAGGAUCCUGAAGGACCUUUGGAAGAUCGUCCUGAGCAGCCUGGAGAAGACCAUCGUCCUUCCUCAGAGCAAUGACAGCCUGAGUGCACAGCUCCUCACAGCAGCUAAAGGACUGUCAAAUCUCAAGGGAGGUGGUGAAGCCAAAACCCUGACGCCCAAACAAUGUAUAAUUAUCGACACAGGGCUGGAAUCGAUCAAGCAAUAUUUCCAUGCAGGAGGAAACGGGCUGAAGAAGGCGUUCGUCGAGAAAAGCCCGGAACUGGCAUCACUGCGUUACGCUCUCUCCCUCUACUCCCAGAGCACUGAUGCUCUCAUCAAGACAUUUGUCACCACACAACACUCCCAAGUGCAUGAUGGGAUGGGCAUCAGAAUCACUGGCAAUGAGAAGAUUCGACCUGACAGGGGCUCAGGGAUAGAGAAGCCCAUUGGAGAGGCUGUUCUGCAAAUUGACGUGAUGCUGGGGAAAGAACGCAAAGUCAAUGUCAGAGUCAUCGCAGUGAAUGACAUGAAGUGGCAGACAUCAGGGAUGUUCCGGCCUUUUGUUGAAGUGUGCAUGGUUGGUCCCUUUCUGGCUGACAAGAAGCGCAGGUUCACCACAAAAUCCAAGAACAACAGCUGGUCAGCAAAGUUCAACGAGGCUUUCCAGUUUGUUGUGGGUAAGGAGUCCCCAGACUGCUAUGAGCUCCAGGUGACAGUGAAGGACUACUGUUUUGGUCGGGCAGACCGGGUUGUCGGCAUGGCUGUGAUUCAGCUUCGUGAUGUUGUGGACCGCAAGAGCUGCGUGUGCUGGUGUCCGCUUGGGCCGCGCAUUCAUACCGAUGAGACGGGCAUGACAGUGAUGCGUAUCCUGUCCCAGCGGCCUGCUGAUGAGGUGGCUAAAGAGUUUGUCAAGCUGAAAUCAGAAAUUCGUCCUGUGGAAGAGGGCAGAUGAGCAGAGACACUGACUCAAGAUUAGAGAUUGUUGGAAAUGGUAAAAAAGAAAAGCUGACAAGGAUCAUGGUGGGGGUUUAAAUUCACGGCUUUGUGUUGUUUAUGACUUUGUCUGGCGUUUAUGAACAAUGUCAUCUUCAUCCUAAGAGAACACACACAGAUAAAGCUUCUUACUGAUAAUAUUCAACAAGGAGAACAUCCUUAAAAAGACACAAGCAAGUUGGUUAUUUAUUAUAGUUAUGGUAAGAAAGAUGUAUUAAGAAGUAGUAAUAUGUUUUGGAAAGAGGUGCUCUCUCAAAAUGUUGAAGAGAUAAAAAACAUAUAACCAUAAUUAGCACCGGUAUCAUUACCAAGCAGCAUAUGAAUUUAAGUCACCAGCUUGGUGGUCAAAAGUUGUCUUCUAAUUCUGUUGACUGACUGUUCUGGUCAUUUGUGGCAAAUGAAAACUGGAUCAAAUUUAGCAUAUGUGUCAUCUGUUGAGCUAAUACACCAGCUUUUCAUCAAACAUCCAUUCACUGGAAAGACUGAAUUUGUGUCACUGUACACCUGACAAUAUGAAAAGAGGGGACCAAGUUUUAAAACUGAAUAGACUUGAAGUGAAAAUUCUGACCGCUAAUAAUUUACUGCUUAACAAAUAUAACUAUGACAAGAGUCAAGGAUUGGAGGAAGUAAUCCCAAAUUCUUGUACUGUUUUAGCCACUGAGGCCUUGUCUACUAACAAAUAUCUUACCACUGUUGGCUUUUGCAUCUAACACUUUCUGCAAAAAGUGACACUGAUACCAUUCAUUAACCAGCUAAAUAAAAUAACAAAAAAUAUAUUUAAAAAAGAAUAAAUUUCAUACUAUUCCUUUCAAUUGAUUUUAGUAGCCAACAACAAUACCCCAAUUUGAGCAAAAGAGCAAGAAAUAAAGAGCUUCAGGUCCAUUUAAAAAAGAUCAUUGGCUACUUGUUUUUCACUUUACAUGGCUAUAGAGCUUGACACACAUCUGCCACAUCACAUGGCAUAUACUGAUGCAUUGACCCAAGAAGAGUGUCAUGAUGUUUCAUGUGAACUCUAGUAAGGUUUUAACCAGACUUAAUAAAUAAAACCUUGAAAAGAAGAAGAUGACACAAAUUGAAUUAUCUUAAUAAAGCUGGCCAGCUAACAAAGCUAGCUAACUGACUUUAAAUGUGAUUAGGUUCUACAACACUGACUUGUAUUGCAAAAAGCAUUGAUAUUUUUUUUGAGAAGCAAAGAAUUAUGGGUAUAGUAGAGAGUUACUGACAUCCGUCAAGCAAAGCGUAGCUUCUCUGCACUGAGAGAAAUACAGAUUUUUAAUUUAGCUCUUCUGUUUUUGCCAAGUGUCAAACUGUGACUGUGAGCACUGUUUACCUGUCGGCCUGCUUUGAAUGGAAACAACUGAAAACUGACAGCCCGUUUUCUGGGGUUAAGUAGUGUGAACACCUUUAUUGAGGACCAGAAACAGACCUCUAAGAUUUUCUUUUUGUCUACUUUUCCAAUUUUAAAUUGAAUGAGAACAAAGCUGCCACAGCCUUGCCAUGCAUGCACAGUCGCUGUACCCAUCCUAUGUUUCUGAUUACCUGACGAGUGUUUUACACUACACUACAAACUUGGACUUUCUUGGAUGGAAAAGAAAACAUGCAGGCAGGUUCCACACACCUGUCUGUUUACUACGUGCCAAGGAACAUAAGUGUUCAGCGAGCCAUCUUGAACUAGCUCUCUUCACGUACUGUGGGUUGUUUGCAGACAGGUGUGGCCAUUGUUGUCCCAUUUUUAAUGCAUGUUUGCCAUAGUUAGCUGCGCUUUGGUUCUAAACUCAACAUGAUCUGAAUGGUCAAAUUUAGAUGACAUAAUCUGGGAUAUUCUGCUGUAUUAAUCUGAACAAACAUUUGUCUGCAGCAUGGCAGAAGUGCAUAAAGGAGGGAUCUUUUACAGUGGCCACAGCUGUUGUGACAGCUGAACUCUUGCACUCUGUUUAAAAAAAAAACAAAACUGUAAGUUUGUAAAAAAAAGAGAGAAAAAAGUAAAUAAAUAAUGACCAGAGCAUGUAUUUAUUGUAUACAAAUUUAGCUAGAUUGUGGUCUUUUUCAUGUAUGUACUGUGAAAUAUUAAGAUUGAUCAAAUGUAUGUAAAGUAGUUAUCAUUAUUCUAAUGUGACAUAUGUUGAAUAUACUUGUAACAUUAUUUUGUACAUAAAAUAUUUAUUAAUCAAGGCAGUGGAUCCUGUCCUUUGUGCGUGCUUGUAUAUGAUGGUUGGGUUUGCACAGUAAGUGAUGAUCCCCACAAGUAUAGAAAGACAAACGUGUUAUACAGCCUUAUGUUCUCUUCACAUGUCCUUGAGCAAGGAGUUAAACCAUUCACUCGCUGUAAUCUAUGGUAUUUUUAAUUUUACAGUAUUUACAAUAAGAGUCAGACCUGGGUAUGUGAAUCUCUCAUCAGUGUGAUAUGUAUAUAUAAUGGACUGAACAGAUCUCAGAUCAUCCCGUUUCAACAACAGGCCCUUUCACAGCACAUUAGUAUAGGAAUGGUACAGAUAAUGAUGGCUCCGUUCUGUUCACGUGAGCCAGUAUGCAUGGAAUUCAUCCAUCAUUAAAGUUUUCAUAUUUUGAUAUGUCAAAAUGUCUGAAUGAAAAUCUGUGUUCUUAAGGCCUAAUAGGACUCGGACAGCUUUGAUGGCUGGUGCUUUUAGAGUGAACUUGGCAGUGGCUAAUAUUUCCUGCUGAUAUUAUUUUCCUUAUCUGACAUGGCAGCUUUGCAGUGUGUCCUCCAGAGAUGUUAACUGUUUUAAGGGAACAAAAGCCUCAGCAUAUGUCAUCAGUGUGCAGCUACAUUGUUUGCUUGUUGUAUUCUGU